AUGUACACACUGUCACUUCUCUCAGGCCAAGCCCUGCAGGUUCCCGUCCGCGACACUCACCGGAACUUCCUCUUAGCUGGCACCAGCUACUACAUCUUGCCAGCUAUCCGUGGCAGAGGAGGCGGUGUAACCCUAGCCACCGGAAGAGAUCAGCCGUGCCCCAAUGAUGUAGCGCAAGAAAACAACGAAGUGAGCAAAGGGUUACCCUUGAAUUUUGCACCUGCAAACACCAGCAAAGACGGCAUCAUCCGCCAAUCCACUGAUCUUAACGUUAAGUUCUCCGGUAAGGCGACUACUUGUAUUGAUACUGCAGUUUGGCGGGUCGAGGACGAUCUUGAUAUUGGGUUACGGAUCGUGUCAAGCCAUGCGAUCCUAGGACAGCCAGGCAGGGAAACUAUAAGGAACUGGUUCAAGAUCGAGAAGUAUGAGAACGCUUACAAGCUGGUUUACUGCCCCACGGUGUGCAAUGAUUGCAGGCCAUAUUGUGCUGAUAUUGGCUCUACGAUUGCUAAAAAUGGACGUAGAAUCCUUGUUUUAAAUAACGUGCCUCUUAAGGUCAUGUUCAAGAAGGCAUAA